AAGGAGAAGAAGGAGAAGAAGAAGAAGAAGAAGAAGAAGACACAGAUACACUGCAGCCGGUGUCACUGUUUGUACUUGCACGCUAGCCGAUUGUUAUGUAAAAGCGGCUAACAACUGCAAGAAACUGAGUGCAAGGCGUCCGCUGAAUUAAAAGAAGGAAACAGAAAGAGUAUAAUUGAUUUCUUAUCUUCAUUCUGAUAUAACCAUCUGUGGGAAAUGUCUGCUCUUGAGAGUCUGAAAGAGUUCGCCGAGCAGCGGCUAGCUGCGGCUGUCGAUGAGAUAUUUGAAUAUUUUGAGAAAACAGUAACUGACUAUGACGAGGAAUUGGACCGCUAUUGCAAGUUGCUGGAUAUUAUUUUGCAGCCUGAAAUUAGGCUUCGAAGAGCAGAUGUCCGUUCGCUGACUGUUAGUGCAGAGGUUCCCCCUGAGCAGCAGGAGAUGAAGCCCAGUCUGGACCAGGAAGCCCCAGAGCCCCCAUGCAUUAAAGAGGAACAGGAGGAAGUCUGGAGCAGUCAGGAGGGAGAGCAGCUUCAAGGACUGGAGGAGGCUGAUAUCACUCUCAUCUCUGUGAAAAGUGAAGAUGAUGAAGAGAAACCUGAGUUAUCACAGUUCCAUCAAAGCCAAAUUGAGGAGCACAGAGAGGCAGAGGCUCCAGCCAGCUGCCCGGCUGAACAGAUGAAAGCAGAAGUGGAUGGAGAGGACUGUGGAGGAUCAGAACCAGCCUGUGAUGUACUAGCAGCUACUGCUGACAGCAGUGUAGACAGUUCUGAACCAAAGACUGAAGACAGGGAUGAUUUGAACAGAUUUAAUGGAGGUAAAAUGCAUAAACCUUUCAGCUGUUUAUUUUGUGAGAAACGUUUUGUCUGUAAAUUGGAUUUGGUGAUACACGCGAGAGGUCACACAGGGGAGAAACCCUUUAGGUGCUCAGAUUGUGGUGAACGUUUUAGCCACCGUGCAGCUCUUAAGCAACACAUGAUGCUCCACACAGGAGAGAAACCUGUCACUGGCAGUGUGUGUGACAGAAGAAUCAUCCGGAAAUCCCACAUCAAAACCCAGGAGUGUGUUGAUCAGAGCAGCUGCAGGAAGUGAAGCAAUGGUGCUGGUGGACAGGCAGGAUUAUUAAGCAUGGAAUGGUCAUGGAAGAAACAGAAUGGUGUGUAAAAGUUGCCAUUGUUUUCCCUCUGGGACAGAAAUGAAAACUUUCAUUAUUCACUGUGUGUGUGUGUGUGUGUGUGUGUGUGUACACAACGUUGUCUGUAUGUUUCCAGCCUAUGAUGGACUGGUGACCUGUCACCCAGUGUGAUCUGGGAUAGGCUAUGAAUUAAACUUUUCUUAGGAGGAUGAA